AGACACAGUUCCAACUAGACAGAAAGCAGAGUAGGACACAAAAAGACGGUUCUGCAGGAAUUAGAGGAGAAGAAAAAGCCUAAAGGAAGAGUUGGACUGCACCCAUUCAAGCUGGAAGAAUGCUGAGAUCAGUACAACAGAAAUUGUGGUGGCUAUUCAAAAAGGAUGACGACAAAGUUCCUCUCACAGGAGUCGCAUUGGGGCAAAAAGAAACCGUCUCCUUCUGGACGCUGAAUGUCACUGUACUGAGGGCAAAACUCUCCAAGUCUGCGGAUUUACUUUCUGAAUCUGACUGCUAUGUCACUCUCUCUCUUCCUACGGCAACGGCAAGGACGUGGCGCACAAAAACUGUCCUCAACAAAAACAAACCAGAGUGGAAUGAAACCUUUACAACCAGGGUCCCCAGUCAGUUGAAAAACAUUCUGGAGAUCAACCUGUUAGAUGAGGAUGACAUAACACCUGAUGACCUGAUUUCCACAAUUUACUUUGAUGUUAAAUGCCUCCCUGUAGGGAAGAAGGAGACUAAGGUCUUUACUUUAAACAGCAAGACAAAUGAUGAGCUCCUGAUACAAUUUGAGCUACUCCAGAGUGACGACACCCCACAUGAGUAUGUCACUAAUGGCAUCCUGAUGGCUGCCCCAUUCUCAGCGCUGAACAUCAAACUCGACAAGCUACGAAGCAAUGACUUGCUUAAAGGGAAGGUGCUGAAAGUAAAAGGCGCCUACCCACAAAACCUGAAAAUACGACCAGAGGACCAGAAACUGUGUUUCUUUGUCAACAGAGACUUGGAGACUGAACUUGAAGUGGCAUCUUCUGGUGAUGCAGACCCGGUUGCUUCCACCAAGCUGCCUCCACUACAGGCCCAACAUAAGUGCAGAGUGUCUCUUCUCAUUGAUAAGGACACAGUGGAUUUAGACCUGGAAACAGAUGAAAGCACAGACAAACAGUUUGACAUUCGCAUUGACUAUGACAUCCCGGAGCAAGAGAAAGAGUACCUGAAGAAGAGGAAGGCCGUCGUGGCGCAGGCUUUUGAGAAGCUUUUAGGCCUCAGCUCUCCACUCAGUUCCGACAAGGUGCCAACUGUAGCAGUGGUGGCUUCAGGUGGAGGAUCUAGAGCCAUGACAGGCCUGUUUGGUAGUCUGAGGGGCCUGAAGGAACUCGGCGUCCUGGAUGCUGCCACGUACAUCACUGGAGUGUCUGGAUCCACCUGGGCUAUGUCUGCUUUGUAUCAGGAAGCUAACUGGUCACAGCAGGACAUCAACACCUUCAUCUCAGCAGUAAGGGAACAAGUCACCAAGAGCAUGAUGAGCCUCAUCUCUCCUGAGAAACUCCAUUAUUACAACACAGAAUCAGCACAGAAAGGCCAAGAGGGCUACUCCGUGUCCUUCAUUGAUACAUUCGGCCUGUUCUGCGAGCAACUUGUCUUUGGAAAGAAACUGACCAGUACCCUGUCAGACCAGCAGAUGGCAGUGAAUGAAGGUCAAAACCCUUUCCCUAUAUACACUGCUGUCAACAUAAAGGACGUUACAGGCUGUGAAACUGAAAAAGAGUGGUGUGAGUUUACCCCGUAUGAGGUGGGCCUCCAAAAAUAUGGGGCUUUCGUCCGAACUGAGGACUUUGGUAGUCAGUUCUUCCUGGGUCAUAAGAUCGAGAAACUCCCAGAACUCCGUCUCCCUUACCUGAUUGGAAUAUGGAGCAGCGCUUGUUCAGUUAACAUGACCCAGCUGUGGAAGUUCGUCACAGGGCGUGAGGUUCCUCGGUCCUCUACAGUUGGAUCAGAUAUUGAGAACACAGAAGCUGUCUGUAAUCCUUCAGUUCUGGACACAAAAGUCUUAAAAGCGGACGAAAGUAGUAGACUGACUGACUUCCUCAACGACCGCCCACUCCUUGCUCAGAUGAACAAUUUCAUGCACGGUUUGUCCUUGUGCUGGAACUACAGUGAAAACAGCUACUUUAAUGCAAACAAAGACACCCACCCGGAUGCCUACCCAAACCAAAUGACACCAAGUAACUCAACUCUACGCAUGAUCGAUUCUGGCCAUGCCAUCAACAUCGGCUGUCCACCAGUUUUGCGGCCAGAGCGAGACGUGGAUGUAAUCCUAUGUCUGAGUUACUCAUGGAAUCCAGAGUCCAUUCUUAAAGUCAUAAAGAAGACAGCGGCAUACUGCACAGAACACAACAUCCCAUUCCCAAAUGUGGACUUUGACAGUCUGGAAAAGGAUCCUCAGGAGGUCUAUGUCUUUGAGGAUGAGGGGAAUCCCAAGGCCCCUAUAGUGAUACAUUUCCCACUCGUCAACAUAACAUACAAGGACUUCAAAAGUCCUGGCGUUAAACGAGAGACCAAGGAGGAAAUAAAAGCUGGGAAGGUGGAUGUGAGCAGCAGCAAGUCUCCAUACACCACAAAAAACUUGACCUACUCCAAAGAGGAUUAUGACACUCUGGUGGACCUCGCCACUUACAACAUCUUGAACAACAAGGAGAGCAUCUACAACGUCCUCCGGAAGGCCCUGCAGAAGAAGGAGUCCAAGAUGAAGCAAUAGGAAUGACAUUUCCCCAACUCAUUAAGAGGUCUAAGUUAAUACCUGGUCUCUCUGGAACAUGUGAAGUUACUUACUUGCUUUGAAAAAGGCAUUUGUAAAUACUGAAAGACCUUAAGGGAUGGUGCCCUGGAUUUCUGCAGACAACUGCAAACACAAAUGUAGCAACACAGAAAUUUGUACAUUUGCAGCAAUUAAAGCAAUUAACCCAUUUGGGGCUUCUAUGUAAAUCAUGAAUACAUGGUGAUUUAAUGGUUCAUGUUCAUCACUGUUAUUUCUUUAGUGUACCUGCAAAUCAUAUCAGUUUAACCAUUGUAUUAUCAUAAUGAAGCAUCAAGUUCUACUGAAAAUACUUAUGACUGUCAUGCUUGUUAUGCUAUGUAGAUUCCUUGUUAAAUUUCAUGUAUUGCCCAUAGUCAUGUAAUUAAUCCCACAUCAUGACUCAUUGGUAUUGUGCAAGAUGAUAAGAUAAAACCAUAAAACCACAUUCAGUAAUUGACAAGAUAAACAGCAAUAAACUGAAUUGAGGCUCCUGUGUAAAUCGUGAUUACAUGUUGAUUUAAUUGUUCAUCUUCAUAAAUGUUAUUUCUUUAGCAUAUCUCCAUAUCAUAUCAGUUUAACUCUUAUAUUACCUUCAUGAAGCGAUAAGACUCAAUAAUAAGUUAAGAUAAAAUCAUGUAUGGUAAUUGCGAAGAUCAUUAAUUCGGUUGAACUGUUCUCUGAUUGUGUUAGUAUGAAACAAAUGCUCGUACGAAAACUUGGAUGCAUAUGAAAUUACAAAGAAGACAUCUUUCUCUUGAAAUUGUGGUCUUUUGUGCUCACAUUGUACUCUUCAUUCAGAGGCUGUAGAAGAUCUGAAUAAAUAAAUAAAUAAAUAAAUAGUAU